AUGAGGAUUUUAACAUGUUGGUUAUUGUUUCAGCUGGUCGGCGGCGAGUUUGAUAUGGAGCUGAACUUCGUGAUCCAGGACGCACAGAACAUACAGCACAUGCUGGAACUACUGGACCACUGCCCGCCCAGCCUCCAGGCGGAGAUCUGGUCUGUUUUCAUAGCCAUACUCCGUAAGAGCGUACGGAACCUUCAAGCCUGCACUGAUGUAGGCCUCAUCCAUCACGUGCUGCAGAGACUGCCGAAAGCAGAAACCGUAGUUGCAGAUUUGCUGAUAGAGAUGCUGGGCGUGUUAGCGAGCUACAGCGUCACUGUGAAGGAACUCAAACAGCUGUUCAAUGCUAUGAAGGCAGUUAAUGGAAAAUGGCCGCGACACUCAGCUAAAUUGCUAAAUGUUCUGCGUCAAAUGCCUCACCGCAAUGGACCCGACGUCUUCUUCAGUUUCCCCGGAAGGAAGGGAUCCGCCAUCGUUCUUCCCCCACUGGCUCGAUGGCCGUACGAGAACGGCUUCACAUUCACCACCUGGUUUCGUCUGGACCCCAUCAACUCUGUGAACAUCGAGCGAGAGAAACCAUAUCUAUAUUGCUUCAAGACCAGCAAGGGUGUGGGUUACACGGCACACUUCGUCGGCAACUGCCUGGUGCUGACUUCAAUGAAGGUCAGAGGAAAAGGAUUCCAACACUGCGUCAAAUAUGAAUUCCAACCGAGACGAUGGUACGCCAUAGCCGUCGUGUACAUUUACAAUAGGUGGACGAAGAGUGAGAUCAAGUGUCUAGUGAACGGACAGCUAGCAUCCAGCACUGAAAUGGCCUGGUUCGUCUCCACCAAUGAUCCGUUCGACAAAUGCUACAUUGGAGCGACGGCGGAGUUGGACGAGGAAAGGGUGUUCUGUGGACAGAUGGCUGCUAUCUACCUGUUUGGGGAGGCUCUAUCAACACACCAGAUAUGUGCUAUGCACCGUCUGGGACCAGGGUAUAAGAGUCAGUUCCGUUUCGACAACGAAUGCAACAUCAGUCUGCCGGAGAACCACAAACGGGUGAGCGAGCCGGCGGCUCCCAAGCUUGACACCGACAUCCCGACCCCCGAAAUCGAACCCCCGACCCCCGAAACCCCUAAAUCCGACCCCGACCCCGAUUCCCGGGACAAGGAGUCCGGGCUUGAAGCGGCUUGCGUAGUUAAGGAGGACGAGACGCCGCACGGCCGUCGUCUGGCCGAUGAAGCGCGCUCCGUGGCGGCCGCGCAUGCAGCCCUGCUCGUAGAUGUUGAAGCAUGCAAGCGUGGUCAGUUCCGUUUCGACGCGGAGGCUCGUGUGCCGCUGCCGACCGCCGAGGUCCGGGUCGACAGCUUCGGGGAGCUCAUCCAUGACCCCACACAAAAUAUUCACGACGUGUUAUACGAUGGCAAGUUAUCAUCGGCGAUAGUAUUUAUGUACAACCCGGUGGCCACUGACGGUCAGCUAUGUCUCCAGUCGGCUCCUAAGGGGAACGUCUCGUACUUCGUGCACACGCCUCACGCGCUCAUGUUACAGGAAGUGAAAGCGGUAGUGACCCAUUCUAUCCACAGCGCUCUGAACUCUAUAGGAGGCGUCCAGGUUUUGUUCCCACUGUUCUCACAGCUGGACCUGCCCCAUGACGCGCCCGCCACUGACCCAAAGAGAGACCCCAUGCUAUGUUCAAAAUUGUUGGGGUUCGUGUGUUCUUUGGUGGAGUCUUGCAGCACUGUCCAACAGCAUAUGCUGCAGUGUCGCGGCUUCCUCGUCAUCUCACAUAUGCUGACGAGGUGUGGUCGAGAUCAUCUCACUCCUGACACACUCGCCUCCUUCCUACAUCUCACAAAACAUCUCGUAACCUGCUGCUCGCCUAAUAGCGAUCUACUAUUAAAACAGUCGUUCUGUCAAUCUUUCAUCACGUGGCAGUUGUUGGACCACAUUCUAUUCAACCCUGCGCUGUGGAUACACACGCCUGCUGCGGUCCAAGCGAGGCUGUACUGCUACCUCGCGACGGACUUCCUGGCAGAUGCUCAUAUAUAUGGCAGCGUGAGACGAGUCAGUACGGUCUUGCAAACUGUUCACACUUUGAAGUACUACUAUUGGGUCGUGAACCCGAGAACGAAGAGCGGAAUCACUCCCAAGGGACUUGAGGGUCCUCGGCCGCAACACAAAGACAUAUUAACUAUUCGGGCCUACAUACUGCUGUUUCUGAAGCAGCUCAUAAUGGUUGGCAGCGGUGUCAAGGAGGAUGAGCUACAAGCCAUGCUGAACUACCUCACCACCAUGCAUGAGGAUGAGAACCUCCACGACGUACUUCAGAUGUUGAUAUCCCUCAUGUCUGAACAUCCCAGUUCGAUGGUGCCAGCAUUCGACGCUAAGGGCGGAGUGAGAACCAUAUUCAAACUGCUGGCGUCAGAGAGUCAACUCAUCAGACUACAAGCUUUGAAACUUCUAGGAUUCUUCCUUAGCAGAAGUACACACAAGCGAAAGUAUGACGUUAUGUCUCCUCACAACUUGUACACACUGUUAGCUACAAGGCUAGCAGCGGCCGGGGAGACCCUCGCUCUAGCUGUAUACAACGCCCUCUAUGAACUACUGACGGAACACGUCGGACAACAGAUACUCUACACGAGCCAUCCUGAACCACAACCACAUUUCCGUCUCGAAAAUCCCAUGAUCCUCAAAGUAGUCGCCACAUUAAUCCGUCAGUCAAAACAAACGGAACAAUUGCUGGAAGUUAAGAAAUUAUUCCUAUCGGACAUGACUUUAUUGUGUAGCAACAAUCGUGAAAAUAGAAGGACCGUGCUUCAAAUGUCCGUAUGGCAAGAAUGGUUAAUAGCCAUGGCGUAUAUACACCCUAAGAAUGCUGAAGAACAGAAGAUAUCGGACAUGGUGUACUCAUUGUUCAGAAUGUUGCUUCAUCACGCCAUCAAACACGAAUAUGGUGGAUGGAGGGUUUGGGUUGAUACGCUAGCUAUCGUACACUCUAAGGUAUCCUACGAGGAAUUCAAACUCCAAUUCGCGCAAAUGUAUGAACAUUACGAACAAAGACGCGCCGAUAAUAUUACCGAUCCGAAAGAGAGGCAACAGAAACCGAUCUCGACUAUAUCCGGCUGGGACAGACACUCGGAUGUUAAAAGUAAAACAUUAACAGAUGCGGAGGAAAAUGAAGACGUCCCUAAUAAAAAGAAUAAUGUUAAUCACGGAGCACAAACUGAAAUAGGCAAAGGACUUUCCCUUAGAGAUGUAGAAUCCUGUCGUUGUAGGAAACCAAUCGAUGACAGUCGGACUUCAGUAGUGUAUAGUGAAGUGUGUAAAGUGCAUAGUCCUGUGAAAACUGUUGAUAAUGAAGAACAGAAUGAAGAAGGUUGUGAUAACGUUAGUCAUACAGAUGCUGAACAUGUUGUGGAUGAAGAAGCAAACGAAUCAGAAGUACUCACUCCAAACACAGAAUUGGUGGAAUCGAUUACAGAUAACAAACUUUUAGAUAGUUCAGAAUCUGGUAUCGGAACUAUCGGUACGGAUUUGGACAAAACUGAGAAACCAUUAACUAGACAGUGCAGUCUAGAUUAUAUUCCAGUUAGGGAUGUCGGUGAUAGUACUGCUAAGGACGAUAACACUGACAAAAGUGAAGGACUACCGUCUAGUCUGUCUGUUAGUGAAACAGCCAGCCCGGAACGAGUCGCCGAUGCAUUGAACCUGGCUAACGAACGAGAAUCUGAAUUAUCAGAUCCGUCUGAAUUGUACUUAACGCCGAGUGAAGCAACUAGUCCUAGAAAAAUAUUAGAUAAGACUGACUCGAUUAACUCAAGCAUUCCAGACGAUUCUACAAAUGAUGAUCCAAAACAUAUUGCGAUAAACAUCGUAAAUGAUGUACUCACGGUCGCUUUGGAAACUGUUAGACUGAAAACUGACGAUGACACUGACUCGGGAGCUAUAUCAGGAGGAAUACCCUCUGAAGGAAACACACCGAACGGCCGAGAUGACUUGGAACAAGAUAUUGAAGAUAUUUUAGACGAAAAACAUGCGGCAGAGACCAUCGCGCGCGAUUUAGUAAUGGAUAUUAUUACUAAAGCUGCGUCAAAGGACGAAAAUGAAGUCGACGUUGAUACAGACGGUCCUAAAGCAGCUUUAGAAUCAGAAUCUUUACACGAUGGAAACGGUCUGCCACUAGAUGGAGAUUUUAUUGUUACUUCCAAAGAUAUCUCCGAAAUAGAACCGCUGCCUGCCGCCGAUAAAGUCGAAGAAGAAAAUGAUAAAAACGAAAGCGAAAGACCGCAAUCCGAACCCACACCGAUGGAACAAAACGCACCAGAAAUUAAUCCAAUAUCAACAAUAAGCGAAAACAUCUCACUUGCGAAUAAAAAGGAGCAAGAAGAGGAAGAGGAUAGGAUGUGUGAGAGUGACAGAGACAAACGACGGGUCAGCUUACCGGGAGACAACGAGAUGAAGCAGGACGGCAAUAGAGGCGAGGGGGUCGCUUCAACGGGAACCAACACUUCCACGUCACCUAAGAGACCGCGCAGUGCAUCGACUAGUACUCAAGUGGACUCGAAUCAUUUCGAAAAGAAACGUCCAACUAAAUGCAGUCGGCCCAUGUUCUCGCCUGGACCCACUCGUCCUCCGUUCCGUAUCCCAGAGUUCCGCUGGUCAUACAUACAUCAGCGAUUACUGUCUGAUGUAUUAUUCUCCUUGGAGACAGACAUUCAGGUGUGGCGCAGUCACUCCACCAAGUCUGUGAUCGACUUCGUGAACAGCAGCGAAAACGCCAUUUUCGUUGUGAACACGGUGCACCUCAUCAGCCAGCUCGCUGACAACCUCAUCAUAGCGUGUGGAGGACUGCUACCUCUACUGGCCUCGGCAACCUCACCUAAUAAUGAGUUAGAUGUGAUCGAGCCCACCCAGGGUAUGCCGGUGGAAGUAGCUGUGACUUUCUUACAGCGAUUGGUUUCAAUGGCUGAUGUACUGAUAUUCGCGAGUGCAUUGAACUUUGCCGAAUUAGAGGCAGAGAAAAAUAUGUCCAGUGGAGGAAUAUUGAGACAGUGUCUUAGAUUGGUGUGCACGUGCGCUGUACGCAACUGUCUCGAGUGCAAGGAGCGACAGCGCUGCAGCGCUCGACGGAACGACUCGCCGUCGCCUAAGAGCGUGGUGGCGAGUUUAGCGGACGCAACCAGUCCAGUGAAGGAUCCGGAGAGACUCCUUCAAGAUAUGGAUGUGAAUAGACUGAGGGCCGUCAUAUACAGAGACGUCGAGGAAACGAAGCAGGCUCAGUUUCUGUCACUGGCGAUAGUGUACUUCAUCUCGGUUCUAAUGGUGUCCAAGUAUCGAGACAUCCUCGAGCCACCUCCUCACGCCGCGCCGGACUGCAACAGACGAGUCCACGCCACCCACGAACAUCACGGCUCCCGGCCCCUGUUCCCCCAGUGGUCGCACCACGUGUACCCUCAAUUCCUGCCCGGUGGGCACCCCGCUCGCCACUCUCACUGCAAACUCGAUUGCGGCCAUACAACCUCGCACCCGCACGCUCGCCUCGCUAGUUACCACCGCGCGCACGCAGAUCACAACGGUGAUGACGUGGAAUACGCAAUGAUUGUAGUUGACGAGAACAACUCUACCAUGAAUGAGUUGGACUCGCCCUCCAUGAAGGAUGGGAUGGAGGAGGGAGUGGCUAAGAUUGAGACGAGCACGGACGAGGUGAAACCGAAUUCGGGUGAGAGGUCGAAGGUCGUGGAGCUGGCCGUAGCCGCUGGCGGGGAGGUGCCGCUGUACCAAUCCAGUCUGCGGCUGAGAACUCAGCUCAAGCAGAAGCCUCCCACCGCAAGGUCCAAAACCUUAUCGGGGAUCACGGUGUCGGUUGUGAAUCUGAGUGUGGACUCGAUAGAGGACGCCGGUUCAUUUCAUCUGAACUCGACUGAGACAACCAACAACGACCCGGAAACAUCCAGCGACGUGGCCUUGGAUGAUAACAAACACCCUGUCAGCAACGAUGAAUCUUGGACAGAUGUAAAUCUUAACGAAGAAGGUGAGAGAGGCCCAGCGACUAUUACCGGCAGGGGCAGAGAACAUGAUGGAAAUGUACAUGAAGAUAUUGAUAAACAAAUUCACAUGAGGAAUACUGAGCACCAUCACAUCGCUCAACGGCAGAAUAGAAGCCUUCAAACAGCACAGAGACAUUUACAUUCGGAUAACGAAGCACUAGCCGGUCUAUCCUUAUCCCCGUUGUGUGAGGGUGCGUCUCGUGAAGCCUCUCUCACCCACAAAUUAGAGACUGCCUUGGGUCCAGUGUGUCCUCUACUCAGAGAGAUUAUGCUCGACUUCGCGCCAUUCCUCUCCAAGACCUUAGUUGGCAGCCACGGACAGGAACUACUGAUGGAAGGUCUCCAGACGUUCAAAUCCAGUACAUCAGUGGUGGAGCUAGUGAUGCUGCUGUGUUCCCAAGAGUGGCAGAACUCUUUACAGAAGCACGCCGGCCUCGCCUUCAUAGAACUGAUCAAUGAAGGCCGGCUGUUAUCACACGCUAUGAGGGAUCACAUCGUGAGAGUCGCUAAUGAAGCAGAGUUUAUAUUGAACCGGAUGAGGGCUGAUGAUGUACUGAAACACGCUGACUUUGAGUGUCUGUGUGCGAGUACGUGUCAGGAGAGGUCGGAAGAGGAGCGUACGUGUGAGAGACUCAUCGCAGCUGCUAGGAGGAGGGACCAGGCCGCUGCACGUCGGCUACUGGAUAGGCUUCAACACGCAGCCGCCGCUAGAACAGGUGUGAGUGAAGGGGAAUCUAUCGACGGUGGGUUUUGGAAGUUGGAUUCCUGGGAAGAUGAUGCUAGAAGACGACGCCGGCUCGUACCUGACGCUAAGGGACGGCGACACGCGCGGGGAACACACGCACCGCCCGCACCACCCACAGACGCUAUACUACAGGCCACAGAGGAGCUUCACGCACGUAUCGCCCAAGCGUCAGGCGGCGCGUCAUUAGCAGCGGCGCCCGCGGCCGAGCUGUUAGAUGACGCUGAACUACUACUGGACGAACGAGACACAGACCAAGACGUUAGCGGUCCAGUGAACAUCAGUACUCGCGCCCGCCUGGUCGCGCCUGGUCUGGCUGCUCCUGGCACAGUGUCGCUCACCUCUACUGAGAUGUACUUCGAGGUGGACGAAGACGACCCUGAGUAUAAGAAGAUCGACCCUGAGGAUAUAUCGAUAUCGAUCCUUACAUCACUAGUACCGACCGGUGUGUCCCUCUCCGGGAGGGCGCGGCGGGAGGACACUUCACGACCAUCCUUCCUAGAACCACGUACAGACCUACACGGAUAUGUUUCUGCCUAUCCCUUACAAGUAGUGGGCUCUGUGUGGGUCUGUGAGGAUCUGUGCGGGGCUGUGCUGGGCGUGUGUAAACUGUCAGCGAUGUGUGUGGCGACCCUAAGUCAGUACCCUGGCCCGAUGUUACCCGCAGCCGCUGACGGCUUCAAUUGA